CGGUUCGGGUUCGGGCGGCAGCGGCGCGUUUCCGGGAGGAAACAACAAAAACAAACCAGUUCCUUUGUUAGAACCCGGAGCGGCACGCGACUCUCACCGGUACCAACAACCGACCAAUCAGAGGCGGCGCGAGGAGAGACUACCUGGGCGCGCGCUCAGCGGCACAGAGCAGUUAGUGACGGAGGAGGAAUGGAGCUGGUUUCUGACUGGUUUUAAUGGUUAAACUGGGUUUGUUGCAGAGGAGGAGGUUCAUCUGACCGGAUAGAGAUUCACAGCAUGGCAGGAAACUGGAUUCUCCCCGGAUGAACACUGGGAGCACUGGGAGCACUGGGACUGGAAAACCUCCCAGUUCUGUAACCACAGGAAGGAGGAUGCUGGUUCUGGUUCUGGUUCUGCUGUCCGGGUUCUGGAUGGUGAUCCAGGGACAGAGUCUGGACUACGACAGCUGGACCGACCAGGCGGUGCUGUCCGACGGCCUCUGUCGCUAUGGCAACGGCGUGGAGUGCUGCUGGGGCUGGAGGCGGACGGAGCGGGACCGGUGUCAACCUGACUGUCAGCAGGGCUGCAAACACGGAGACUGCGUCGAACCGGACAAAUGCAAAUGUCACCCAGGAUACACCGGAAAAACCUGUAACCAAGACCUGAACGAGUGUGGAGUGAAGCCGCGGCCCUGUAAGCACCGCUGCAUGAACACGGCCGGCAGCUUCAAGUGCUUCUGCCUGGACGGCUUCGCCCUGCAGCCGGACGGCAGCUGCAGGAAUGUGCGGACCUGUUUCCAUGCCAACUGCCAGUACGGCUGUGAGGUGAUGAAGGGCGAGGUGCGGUGCACCUGUCCGUCUCCAGGGUUACGGCUGGGCCCGGACCGCCGCUCCUGCGUGGACGUCGAUGAGUGCGCGCUGGGCGCCGCCUGUCCGCGCCGCAGGAAGUGCGUCAACACGUUCGGGAGCUUCUUCUGUAAAUGCCAGCUGGGCUUCAAGCUGACGUUCAUCGACGGGCGCUACGCCUGCAUCGAUAAAGACUCUCGGCCGUUCUGCUCCCUGAAUCCUUCCUCUCCAAAGUGUCGCUGUAAAGAUGGCAGCUGCAAAGGGAUUCUUAAAGUGACUUUAGAGCCACACAGACCCAGAACUACAAUUUCCAUCACCACCACAUCUGUUCCCACUACAACCACUGUUCCCAUUACAACCACUGUUCCCACUACAACCGCUGUUCCCACUACAACCAUUGUUCCCACUACAACCACUGUUCCCACUACAACCACUGUUCCCACUACAACCACACCCACCAUCACCUCCACCUCUGCUUCCACCACCGUCUCCUCCACUGCUUACCAAACUACCGCUGCCUUGACGACCACUGUCAUAGCAACCACCUCAAUGGCUACCUCUACUGUUGCUAUGACAACCGGAUCCCAAACCACACAGCUUGCAACAACUGUCCCAACAGCUCCACCUACUGUCCCAGCUACCAGCGCUACGACUGCUGCUGAGCCUCCGGUUGCUAUAGCAACCACGACGCUGCCCUCCACCACCAGCGCCGUGGUGACGACAACGCUGAACAACCGGAUCAACAAGGACGUGACGCAGCGGCAGAGAGGAGACGUUCACAUUCCUCGGCAACCUGGACGAAACCACGUCUGGGAGUUUGACAUCGAGCUGGGAACCACGGCCCAGGACGCUCAGGACGACCCCGCGGCCGGUGAUCUGCGCUGCAGCUUCAGUCGUGGCGUUUGCGCCUGGAUCUCUGAGCGAGACGGCGAUCUGUCCUGGGAAGUAGUGGAGGCUCCUACAGGUGGGCGGUACCUGUCGGUCCCGGAGCUGAAGGAGGGCCAGCGCGGCGUCCGAGGCGCCCGGUUGGCCGUCCAGAUUCUCCCUCUGUGGAACCAUGGCGACGCCUGCUUCUCCUUCUCCCAUUGGCUGACGGGGCGUCAGGUGGGAGUCCUGCAGCUGUUCGUCCGCAAGAAAGGACGGGACCAAAGGUAUGGCUCCGCCCUCUGGAGCCGGACAGGUGGGCACGGCUGGAGGCAGACGCAGGUUACCUUGGAGACGGAGUCAGUGGACAAAGUGCUGCUGAAGGCCGAGCGAAGGCCCGGACGACGAGGUCAGAUGGCGGUUGAUGAUGUCACACUGAGACGCGGUUCGUGUCGAUGACAUCAUCACUGGGAUCUCAUUUAAAGGGGCGGUCUGCUGUUUUCUAACUGGUUAAAAACUUUUCCAUCUCUGGCUGCAGACCUCGAUGCUCAGAUCAGAUUGUUUUGUUUUGGUUUGGUCGUUUGCGUUACUUUUAAAAUGUCGCCUCCAUCUGACCUCAGAGUGACCUCAGAGUGACCUGAGGACCUGAGGUCAGCAGGAAGCUGUGGGGAGGAGCCGCCAGCGGGCGUUGAGGCCGAGGCGUUUUCUUACUGCCUCAGGUGAUGAAGCCGUUUACAGGUGGAGGAAAACCUGAACAGACUCCGCCUUAACGCCUCACUGCCUCUGGUGUUUCCAUGGUGAUUUUAAGUCCCGCCCUGUUUUGGUUCUGGUUCCUGUUGGGAUGAAAUAUGAUGAGUUACUGUGACUGAGCUCCCAUUGAUACAUUUUAUUUAUUUAAACAUAUUUCCAAACAGCAGACCAGAUUUAUAACUUAGAAAUGAAAUAAUCUGCUGAUAAUCCCAAUAAAUUAAUAAUUACAGAUUAUUGAUAUUUACAGUUUUCAGCCCAGAUGGUAAAACAUUGUUAAAUAAUCUGUUUUAAAUCAUGUUUAUUCAUAAA